GCGGAAGGCCAAGAGCUGCUGUUACUCGAUUCAUCAUUUUCUUCCACACGUUUCCUCUUCUUCUGCGGUCCGCAUUUCGGCGAUCGAUCAGCUGCUGCGGCUUUCUUUUGCACUCGUCUACCAACAGGCAUUCUAAGGAAGCUGCUGUUUCACCGAGCAUCCAACAAAGCUGUCACCUCAGAGAGGUCGAGCUUGAUGUUUGGGAAUCCUGCAGUGGUCGGUGGCGGAGAUGGCACUACAUCAAGUGGAGUCACAGUGGUUCCUCCAGCUGAAGGUGUCGGGGCACCCAGGGGAAAACGGCUCAGUAAUGCUGGGGGCAUGCAGCGGGUUGGGAAAUUCAGUACGAGGGCAGCCAAGUUUUUUGAUGAGAACAUCUUCUGGGUAUUCCGGAAUAGGGAGGGAGAGGAAGAGGCAAGUCAGAGCAGUGAGGAAACUAGUGAUGGGAGUGGUGCUGCAGAGGGAAGGUUGUUACUUCCAAACAAGAAAUCCAAGGGGAACGAUGCCAAUGAGUCACCUCGACCUGUUUUUCAGCAAAUGAUGAUAGGAGGGGGGAUUGGCAGCCGCCUUACUGAGACGGGUAGAAGCAUUGUCCAUGGUGGUCCUUGUAAUCAUCCUGUUCUUGGAAAAGUCCUUCCAAAUGCAACUCGAGGCCCGCUUUCGGAGAGUCAGGUGGAGGGGGCUCUGAGAGACUCCACGAAGGCUGCUAACGACACAUUGAGAGGGAAUGUCCUUCACAUGUCUGCGACUAGAUUGGAGAAUAGUGUUGACCUUCCGAAUGCCGGAGGUCCACCAGUCUCAUCUGCAUGUGCUCAUCCUAUAGGAAAACUCAGCAAUGCUGGGCCAUUUCACCAGGCAGAUAGUGUUUCAAGUGUUGGUGUUGAAAACACCGAGCUGUCAGGGUGUGGUGGAACUGUAGAAGGAAUAGAUUCUAAGACCAACAUCACUUCCCGGGAAGUCCAAUGCUCACCAUUCUCUUCUGUGCAUGUGUUUCCUGGAGGAGGGUGUAAUACUGCUGCUGCACUUCACCCAGGACAUACAUCAGGUACUGAUUUUGGGAAGAACGAAUUCUCAGGAUCUUUGAGGACCAGAGAGAUGGACCCUAAGGAUCCCAGAAGCCCCCUUCUUUCCCUCCGUUCACAGCCUGGAAAUGAACCUGGGAGCAAUGAGGGUGACACAGGUGGAAGUAUAGAUCUUGUGUCAUGCCCAGUGAAUUGCUGGGGCCAUAGCAAGGGACUUACACUGGACGGUGCUGAGGAUGCAAGCUUCGAUGUGGGUUGUUCUCAGAAAGACAGUGGAUUUGAAGCUUUUGAAAGGUAUUUGGCUGCGGGGUCCAGCGAUGUUUGGGGUAGGCGUGAAAGAGAAAGUGGUGCACAGUGGUUGAACAGAGGGCUUCAUUUUGGGAUGACUGCAGGUAACGAGGCUCAAGGAGCUACAUCAGUUUCACAUCGUAUCGAAAAUGGAGAUGAAAGAUAUUCAUCCAGAUUAAACCCUUUUGUUAACUUUGAAACAAGUGGUGCUCUGUCAGUUCCUAAGGAUGAAGAAGCUACUGGAAUCAUCACCUUGGAAGAUGUGAUCGAAGAAUUAUUGCAGGAGGAGAUACUAGACGAGGCCGAUCAUUAUCAUGACAUCGAGCAGAGGUGCUUGGAGUGGCUCGGUGGGAAGGUGCUUGGAGUGGCUCGGUGGGUAGGUGCUUCAAGUGGCUCUGUGGACAGGCCUCCUCAAUUUGGUCCCCUGAUCCCUGGGAAGGGAUACGAGGUGGAGAAAGUUGAGGAUGAGUAUGGUACAGGCCCGGAUAAGGAGUACCUUGUGAAGUUUCUCUACCAUCCCCAUACCGAGGAUCGCUGGUUUACUCGCAAGGAGCUUCUGAAAACAGCAAAGUCUGUUAUCCUCAAAUACGAGGCUGUGCAGAAGGGAGAACCCCUUCGACGCUCUCCACGCCUACGCCCCUACCUUGGAGGUCCUCGCUCCGGGGGAGGGUCUGGAACUAGUACCACCCCGUAUAGCAAGGAGCAAGAAGAGAGAGUUGCUGCCCUUCUGAGAGAGAAGAAGGAGAGGAUGGAGAAGAGGGAAUUGAUCAAGCAAGACAAGAUGUUGGCCCUGCUAGAAGAGCAGGAAGCGAAGAAAAAACAAAUGGAGGAAGAGCUGCAGAAGUGGACGAAGGAGCAGGAGGAGAAGAUGACAACUAUCCAGGCGGAGGUGGAGAAGGAAGAAGAAGCAGAAGAAGAGGUAGAAGAAGAAGUGCCAUUGGAGAGAAGAAGAGGUGAAGCCAGCACGAGUAAGGAGGACAAAAUUGAGAAGAUAACACAGGAAUGGGCUGCACAUUUGGAUUUGGGGGAGGGUAGGGAGGCAGAGCUAGCCAUACCCCAAGAAGAGAGAAGCGGCAAGGAGGGAGUUGGAAGUAGAACGAGACCCUGUGAGAAGAAGGGCGAAGGAGGAAGAACAACAGAGGGCAUGGAAAUGGCGGUUCGCUCUUGCAUUCGCCAGACUUGUGUGAAAGGAGCAGCUCGAAGAGCAGGUGUUUGUAGCUAUGUUAGGUCGAUUUCUGACAAGCCAAGGGAAGAAGAGAAGAUCCAUCCUACCAUCACCAGUUUGCUGAAAGAGUACAAGGAUUUAUCUGAAGCACCUUCAGGAGUAGUGCCCAGACCAAUCCAACACUGUAUAGAGAUAGAACCUGGCAGUAGAACGCCUAAGGGGGCAAUCUACAGGAUGUCUCCCAAGGAGGUAGAGGAGCUUCGCAGGCAGUUAGACGAGCUCCUAGAGAAAGGAUGGAUAAGGCCUAGUUCAUCACCUUCCGGCGCACCUGUUCUAUUCGUCCCAAAGAAGGAGGGAGAGCUACACAUGUGUGUAGACUACAGGGGAGUAAACGCCAUCACAAUCAAGAAUGCAGAGUCGUUGCCUCGCAUAGAUGAUCUGUUAGAUCGAGUGCAGGGAUGCAAAGAUUUCUCAAAGAUAGAUCUGAAGUCAGGUUACCAUCAGAUAGAGGUCCACCAUGACGAUCAGUAUAAGACGGCGUUCAGGACAAGGUAUGGGCAUUACGAGUUCAUAGUGAUGCCGUUUGGACUAACUAAUGCACCGGCCACAUUUCAGUGUUGCAUGAACGACUUGUUUAGGCCGUGGCUAGAUAGGUUCGUCGUAGUGUACUUAGACGACAUCUUAGUGUUCAGCAAGACCCUCGAGGAGCAUGAGGGUCAUCUGAGUCAGAUUCUAGGAAAGUUGAGAGAGCCUAACUUUAAGAUUAACCUGAAGAAGUGUGAGUGGGCCAAGACAGAGGUCCUUUACCUAGGCCAUGUACUAGAUGGAGACGGUAUUUCGCCCGAGGACAACGCUAGUCAGUAUGGCAUAGGUGCCGUUUUGCAGCAAGAUGAUGGCAACGGUUAUAGACCCGUAGAGUUCAUGUCAGCCAGGCUGCCCUCAGAAAAGGUAGCAGCAUCGACAUACGAGAGGGAACUCUGCGCUCUCAGGCAGGCUUUGGACCACUGGAAACACUACCUGCUUGGGAGGCACUUCAAGGUAUAUUCUGAUCAUGAGACUCUUAGAUGGCUAAAGACACAGGACAAGAUGACGCCCAAGUUGACGCCCAAGUUGACGAGAUGGGCUGCUGAGAUAGACCAAGUUGACUUUGAGUUAAAGCCCAUAAAAGGAAAGUAUAGCAUGGUAGUCAAUGCUCUGAGUAGGAGAGCUGAUUACUUCGGCGCGAUAGUGGACUAUCCAGACAUAGGGGCCAACCUGCAGCAGAAAGUAGGUAGAAUAUUGCUUGCAAAGGAUAAUGGUUAAUGCAUUAUCGAGAUGAGGAAAAAGAUUGUUUUGUUUGUACCUUUCGUUUACCUACUUUUUAAAGUGACUUGCUGUUCUGAAAAAGAAUAAUCCAGUGCAUGUCGUAAAAUGAAUCCGAUUGAAAUAA